UGAACUCUAGUUCCACUUGGGGGUGGUUAUCUGUGUUUUAUUUAAGCUUUUUCUGAAUUACAUGUUCAGUUUAAGUCUUAUAUGUUUGUUUGUUUGUUUUUUUUUUUGUUUUUUUUUGGAGGGUUUGUGUUCAACAUCGCACUGUGGAUGAAGGUUAUUUCCGCACUUUUCUUCAUGGAAAGUGGACUCAGUGAUGUUCGCUUAGGAUGGCUGUGGCUCAUUCACCGGAGCCGGUAUGGCUUUUAGCCGCAUCCGCAAGCUGGACGCAACGUCCCGAGGCAUCCUCUCCAGGAAAGCGGUGGUCAUGCUCUGUUCUCUCCUCGCCCCUCUUAUCCUCCUGCACCUCCUCAUUGACCGAUGCGCCUCGCCCUCACCGGUCAGAGACUCCCUGCGGAGCAAGCGGCUUGUGAGCGAGCGGAGCGCCGGUUCGGAGUUGGCUGGCCACCGGGUUGCCGGUUGGGCUGCUGAUGUGCGCGCAGGGGCGACGGUUUGGCAGCUUCCAGAGGAGUCUCCAGCUUUGCCGCCGCCGCCAGAUCUGGUCGUUUCUCCCAGGUUCGCAGGUAAAGUCAGCCCGCUCGGGGAGGGGAGCAAGAAGCUGCCCCAGGCUCUCAUCAUCGGGGUGAAGAAAGGAGGGACACGGGCACUGCUGGAGUUUUUGCGGGUACAUCCGGACAUCAGGGCAGUGGGAGCGGAGCCGCACUUCUUCGACCGCAACUAUGAUUACGGACUAGGGUGGUACAGGGAUCUGAUGCCAAAAACCUUGGAGGGCCAGAUCACCAUGGAGAAAACACCCAGCUACUUUGUGACCAGAGAGGCUCCGGCGAGGAUAUCGGCCAUGUCCAGGGAAACCAAACUGAUCGUGGUAGUGAGGGACCCUGUCACCAGAGUUAUCUCUGACUACACACAGACUCUGUCUAAGAAGCCUGAUAUUCCCUCUUUUGAGAGUCUCACCUUCAAAAACAGGACUACGGGGCUCAUUGACACCUCAUGGAGCGCCAUCCAGAUCGGUAUCUAUGCCAAGCACCUGGACAACUGGCUGCAGUACUUCCCCAUGGACCAGAUCCUCUUUGUGAGUGGCGAGCGUUUGAUCAGCGACCCGGCCGAAGAGCUGGGCCGUGUGCAGGACUUCUUAGGCCUCAAGAGGAUCAUCACAGACAAACACUUUUACUUUAACCAGACCAAGGGAUUUCCGUGCCUCAAGAAGGCAGAGGGCAGCAGCAAGCCACAUUGUCUGGGAAAAACCAAAGGGAGAACCCAUCCAAACAUUAAUCCUGAGGUGGUGCAGAGGCUACGGGACUUCUACAGGCCCUUUAACAUGAAGUUCUACCAGAUGACGGGAAGAUUCUUUGGCUGGGAUGACUGAAUGUCUUUUUGUGUUUUAUAAUGUGGAGUGACAGAAAUACAAUGAGGUCUUAGGCAGACACUUGAUGGUAUGAGAAUUUGACACUUCGGAGUAAGAAUCAACCUGUAACUAAAUUUUGUCUUUUCUCCUUAUAAAAAAGUCGUUUUUCCUAAAGUCAAUUUCCUAAAAUGUUUCCACAAAGACAUUAGGUAAAUUUUUUGUCAGUCAGUUAGGAUUACCAAAAUUAUUUCAAUUUGUUAAAUGACAGAAUAAUGAGGGUUUUUUUUGUCUUUUUUUUUUUUUUUUCUCAAUUCAUAAAUUCCCAUAUAUUUCCUUAAUAUUUAGUGGAUUUGCAGGUUGCCUUACUCUUAUCUGUCCACAAAUGUUCUAAGGGACUACGAUCGGGGCUUUGUGAGGGCCACUCCAAAAUAUAGACUUUGUUGCUAAACCAGUCUUGUUAGGGUCCCCAAUUCUCUUCUUGGUAUCUUUACAAAAGUGUAUGUGUGUGUGUGUGUGUGUGUGUAUGUGUGUGUAUAUAUAUAUAUAUAUAUAUAUAUGUAUACAUACACAUAUACCGUCAGGGCCAUUAACUCUUGAUCAGUACUAACAAAAUGCAGCAGCAACAGAUUAGGAAGACAAUAUGCAGUAUUGCAUCAACAGAAGUAUUUCUGACCUAUCUCCAUUUGUUUUAAAAACUUGUUUAAAGAUUUAAGUCACAUCGCACCAUUUUAUUUGCAGACAUUUUCUUCCUCAGUUUGAAAGCCCUGUGGAAAUGAGGCGGAGAUGAUGAGUAUUAUUAUGCAGUUCUUCUAAACAAAAGUAAUAAAAUCAGCGCUGAAAUGAUGGCUUCAUGUUGUAUUUUAAACAUGCAUUAAAGUGUUUACCGUUUGCUCUGUUUUUAGCAGGAAUAAUGAGGAAAGAUAAAGAUAUGUAUUUGUAUUUUUGAAAUGUAUUUAUUCAGAAAGUGUAUAAGCAGUAUGUAUGUAUUUUCAAUAACUCAGAGACUGAUUUCUCCGAUUAUUAAGCCUCUCCAUUGGAGUUUUAUUGUAAAAGUUUUUCCAACACCUCACUUUCAGGUUAUUCACUUCAGUAUGUUUUUGAUAUACAGAGAUGAAUGUGUUGUGGGAACACUUUGCUUUGCGCUCGGUUCCAGAGCUGUGAUUUUGUUAUUUCAAGGGUCGUUUCCCCAUCUUCAGUUAAUGAAGCCACAGGCAAGAGCGCACUCAGUGUUAUUUAAGCAACAUUGACGGCAAUGGGGGGAAAAUGCCUCCAAAAAGGGCCUAUCAAAACUGUGACUCGUAUUUCUUCAACAUGCUGGUGAAGUGAAUACACUCUAUGCCACCAGUUGUCCUUUGCUUUGAAACUAGGCUCCUGUGGAGGUCUGUUUUAAAACCACUGAACAUGAGAACAAACAUGAGAACAAUGGCUCAGUUGUGUUCCUAAUUUCUAACUACUUGCCGUGUGAGACUCCUUCUGAAUAGGGAUAUGCCUGAAAAUACACACAAUCAGUGUGUUUUUGGGUGUGUGUCAGAAAAUCGUCAAGUAAAGGUUAAAAAGGUAUGCAACCAUCUGACUGUGCUGUUUGGGUUGUCACGUUCUUAAACAGCAUUAGGUUAUUAAGGCACUCCUUGAAUAAAAGAUGAUAUGAAAGCA